AAUCUAAAAUUCUAAAUUAUUGAGAAAGCAAAGGAGAUUGAGAGUGGAGAUGUCAAGCUUAGAUUGAGAGUAAGAGACAAACUGAAACUGAAUCGAGUUACCAAAUAAAUUAAGGUAAUAUCCUUGUUCGAGUGUUAGCAAAUUAAGUUACAAAGCUAUGAAUUCUUUUUUGGUUCACUGGUGUUUGUUUGACAACUAGUUCUUUAUUUUGACUUUUGAUUAAUUGUACUUGUCUGUUUUGCUUCUUCUUUUGUUCUUUUGUGUUUGUUGUCGUGAGAAACAAAGAAGACGCUUACGUUUUGUACUUCGUCACACACGUGCUCAUACUUCAUACAUAAUUUUUUUUAAGGUUAAAAAGAUGGACAAUCCACCAACAGAUGCACCUCGUCCUCUGAAGCGAAAUUCAAAUGAUGUGGGAUGGGAAUUUGGAGUCUUAUGUAAUCCAAAAAAUGUAGACAAGGUCAAAUGCAAGUUGUGUGGAAAAGAAUUCGCUGGUGGUAUUUAUAGAAUGAAAGAACACAUUGCUCAUGUGAAAGGGAAUGUCUCAGCCUGUCCUGUAUCAUCUAAAGCGGAUCAAGAGAAGUGUAAGGAGGCAAUUCUUGAUGCAAAAGAGAAAAAGGGUUUGAAGAGGAAACAUGAACAAGAACUGAGGGCAGAAGUGAACAUAAACAAAGGCAGCAAUGUUGAAGAAUUGGAAAGAGAGUUGGGAACUCUUAAAAGUCCUCACUUCCAAGGUCUCAUCGAUCAGUAUGCAACCUCCAUAAACCCUGAAGCUUCUUUGGCUGCACAAGCACGACAACAAAAUAUACAUGACGCCAUAUCUAAGGAGAAGACACAUGCUGUCCGCCAAUACUGUGCUAGAUGGAUGUAUGAAGAAAAUGUUGCUUUCAACGCCAUUGACAAUGAAAGUUUCAGGUUGUUUUGUGAAGCUUUGGGACAGUUUGGACCUGGUUGGGUGCCUCCAAGUUAGUAUCAGCUCAGAGGACCAUUGUUAAUUGAGGAACAAAAAAGGACCAAGGAAAAGUUGAAGUCUAGAAGAAGAAUGGGAAACAGAAGGCUGCUCAGUGAUGACCGAUGCAUGGAGUGAUAUGAAAAGAAGAAGCAUAAUGAAUUUGUGUGUCAACUCAAGGGGAGGUACAUGUUUUCUUUCAUCAAAAGACACCUCUAAAGAUUCUCACACGGGGGAGUACAUCUUCAAUUACAUUGACCAGUGGAUUGAAGAUAUAGGAGCUGCAAAGGUAGUGCAAGUGGUCACUGAUAAUGCUACAAACAACGUGGCAGCUGCAAAGAUGCUGAAACAAAAGAGACCAAAUAUAUUUUGGACAGGUUGUGCUGCACACACUAUAGAUCUGAUGCUCGAGGGAAUUUCUAAGCUUCCGGGAAUUGCAAAGAUAAUUGACCAAGCAAAGGCUGUUACGAUCUUUAUAUAUGCUCAUCAUACAACACUGUCCAUGAUGAGAACAUGUACAAAUAACAGAGAUAUCGUAAGACCAGGAGCAACAAGGUUUGCAACUUAUUUUUUGACUAUGCAAAGCCUAUACGAAGAGGAAAGGCACAACUGAUGAGCAUGUUUGGCAGUGAUGAGUGGCAUAGUUGUAAGCAUUCUAAGUGUCUGAAGGGUAAGAAUACAUUUGACACGAUUAUGAGUCAUGGGUUUUGGAGUAGUGUGAAUGUUGUCUUGAAGAUCUUCAGCCCUCUGGUGAAGGUUCUAAGGCUGGCUGAUGGGGAGAAAGUACCUUCUCUUGGAUUCAUUUAUGGUGAGAUUAUCGAAGCUAAGAAUUCUAUCAAAGAAGCUUCAAAUCAUUUGGAGAAGAACUACCAACCUAUCUUUCGAAUCAUUGAAGAGAAAAUGAAAGAUAGGUUAGAUACUCCUUUGCAUGUGGCUGCCUACUUUCUCAAUCCAUAUUAUUUCUACAAAGAUCCAGAAAUUCAAAAAAGACUAUGAAGUCAUGGAAGGAUUCAUAGCUUGUGUAGAGAAUUAUUAUCAUGGCGACUUUGAGAAGCAAAAUAGGGUUGUCAAUCAGGAGCUUAGUCUUUACAAGAGCAAAAGUGGCUCAUUUGGUAGAACUUUAGCACUCAAAGGAUGCGAGAUUAAAGAUGACAAGUUUGAUCCAGGUUUGUAUGUUCAGAUUGCUUGUCUUUCAUUAACUUUUGAUCUUUAUUCAUCAAUACGAGUGAUAUGAUUUUAGGGAACUGGUGGUCAACAUAUGGAUGUGGUACACCAACUCUUCAAAAAAUGGCUACAAGGAUCCUUGCUUUGACGUCAAGCUCUUCAGGAUGUGAAAGAAAUUGGAGUUGCUUUGAAGGGGUUUGUUUAUUAGUUCUCUUUCUCUAGGAAUCUAACUAUUUUUGAAAUUCACAACUUUUUUUAAUUGCAGAUUCACACAAAAAAGAGAAAUAGGCUAGAUGCCAAUCGCUUAAAUAGCUUAGUCUAUGUGCAAUUCAAUGCAAAGUUGUUUAAGAAGCAGAAAAAAAUCAGAGAGCAAAAUGCUGAUGUGAUAUUCGAUGAUGGUAAUGAAGAUACAGUGGAAGAAUGGCUUGUGGGCCGUGUACCAGACAUAGACAAUGAUCUUAAUUUGCUACUUGUAACCCAAGCUCCAAGGGUAAGAGAUUUAUAUGAUGAUGACUUUGAGUCUGAAGAAGAUGAGGAAUAUGCUGUGGACAUGGAUUUUGAACCAGAUGUAUAUCAAGAUGUUCCUCUCUCUCAUGAUUCAUAAUCUGCUAAGUAAGGUUAGUAAUUUUAUCUUACUUAGUAAG